AUGGACGGAAUGAAGGGCUCGUGCCAGGCCGCUUUCAUCGCUCUGAUUCGGGAGAUGCAGCGGCGCUUCCAGCGUUUGGCACGGAAAAUUACUGAAGAGGUGAAGGCGAUGGAGCAGGCUUGCUUCCAGCGGCUCUUGGCGUGCAGGCCGAUGACCUCGUACUACUCGGCGACUCCGCGCCCGGAACGCCCAAAAGCCUUUUCCUACUACGCGCAGGAGGUGCGGCGCCGCAACCGGGCGCUGCGUGAUGAGCUGCGGGGCGCUGACGUUGAGGGCAUUCUGAACCUGGCCGCCCGGCGCGGCCAGGGCUGGGAUACCGUGUCGGUGUCCACCGCCUUGCAUGCCUUUGCCUGCAAAGUGAAGCAGAAAGCGCAGAGACCUAACUUGAGCGACGCCCGGUGGCAGCACCUCAAAGACUUGGCGCUCCAACGGCUCGCAUCUGGGGAGGCGCGGAACCUGGCGAACACGGCCUGGGCCAUGGCAUGCAUCUCAUGUCGGGAGAAGCCCUUCUUGGAUCUCUCUGAAGAGCUGGUGUAUAUGAAGGCUGCAGAGCUGAAACCUCAAGAGGUCUCCAAUCUGGCCUGGGCGUUUGCAACUCUGCGCUACGGUACUGCUCCCCUGAUGCUCUUUCUUGUGCAGGAGCAGAUCGAGGAUUUUUCUUGUCAAGAUGCUGCCAACACGAUGUGGUCCCUUGCCGCGCUUUCCCUUGCUCUUGAGGGCGUCAUGCACCGACUCUUGCCGUGCGCAUCAAAGUACGUGUUUGAGUUCAAGCCGCAGGAGUGUGCCAACAGUAUUUGGGCCAUGGCAAUUCUUUCUUGCCAAGACGAGCUGGCAAAAAGCAUCACAAUCCAGGCAACUCUGACUCUCGCCGAGUUUCGAACUCAGAAUCUGUCGAAUUUUAUUUGGGCUUAUGCCAAGCUUGGCUACAAAGACGAGGAUGUAGCUUUGAGCGUCUUGCAGAUGUCUCUCCGUAGUCUUUCCACCUUCUCCGCCCAGGACCUUACGACUACUCUUUGGGCCUUUGCCACAAUGCAGCACCGGGUUGGCGACACCUUUGUGGCAGCUGCACUGCACGAACUCCAGAAACGAGCAGAGUCCACACCAUUGCAGCCACAACAUGUUUCCAACACAGCCUGGUCACUCGCUUCGCUCAGCUACACGCAUGCACCUGCCUUCGACUUCAUGUGCUUAUCCAUGCAUUCACGAAUUCGCGAGUUUAAGCCUCAAGAGGCAGCAAACUUUAUGUGGUCUUUUGCCACUACCAUGUACAAGAAUCAGCCUGCAGUGGCAUGCAUUGUCGGCAGGAUCAGGACAAUUGUCCAGGAGUGCAGUUGUCAGAGCACUGCCAAUUUUGUUUGGUCUUAUGCAAAGCUGGGCUUCAGUGAUGAGAGGGUUAUUGAGUUUAUCGAAGCUUCUGAAAGGGCGAGGAUCUACUCCUUGUCCGAGCAAGACCUAUCAACAAGCAUUUGGGCCUUUAGCACUAUGCUGCACCGCAGCGAUGAGUUCAUAAAUGUUUGGAUGGCGGCAGCCUCACAAAAGCUCCGUGAUGGUCCCAUCAAGCCACAGCAUGCUUCGAACAUGUUGUGGGCCUUAGCCUCCGUCUUCUUCUAUGACGCUCCUUUCUAUGGACUCCUGGCUGAGAGCGUGAAGAAGUCGGUUCGAGGCUUUGCACCGCAAGACUUGGCAUGCUGCUUGUGGUCCUGUGCCACAGUGGUGUACCGGGAUCAGGAGCUCACGGAACUGCUGGCCGCAGAAGCGUCGAGGCAGCUGCAGAGCUUCGACCCGCAGAGCGUGGGCAACGCUGCGUGGGGUGCCGCCUACUUGCGAGCGUCUGAUGCCUUGCAUGGCAAGGUGUCGGAGCUCAUCGGUGACGAUAGCAGUCUGAUGCGGUUCAAUGAGAAAGUGUUAGCUAUGGUGACUCGAGCCCUCAUGACCUUUGAGCCGGAGCAGGCCUGGAGGCUAUUCCAGCGGCUGCGGCAGCUUGACAUAGAUCCGGGGAUCAAUGCGCUGAGCCUCUGGUUGCAUCACUGCCGGGACUUGCAGCCUUCCAUACUGCGGGAGAUGGAGGCCUUGUCAAUGCUGGCCUGGUUUCAGCCUUGCCGUCAUGUGCAGCUGGCGGUUUUGAAGGCUGCAGCUUUGCGCCUGGCAGAGAUGGGCUUCUGUCAUGACGCCAAGCUGUUGCUUCAAGACUUGCUGCGUGUUUCGGAGGACGCGAUCGCCCAGGGGGUCCUGCAAAAACUGCUGUGCGGUCACUUUACAGAGCGGCACAGCCCCUUGCAGCUGACGUGGAAAAUGCCAACCCAACCUUUGGGACACACUGGCACCAGCUAUGACAAGCAAUGCAGGUUGCUGCAGCACGUGCUUGCCACCGCCCAGGUGGGUGAUGCCUGGUCUGUGGUGAACACCAUUGAGCGCUUCUCAAUCGAAGGGAACGGCUGGCUGAAAAUUGCAGGAGGUGGCAAGGGUGUGGUGCUAGAUGACUUGAUUCGGUCGCUGGCACCUCAACCUCCUUCCCUGGUGCUGGAGUUUGGUUGCUUUGUUGGCUAUUCCAGCACUAGGAUGGCCUACUGGCUGCGCAGAGUUCAGGGAAAAGUGAUCUCCGUGGAGGUAGACCCAAUACAUGCCUGCAUUGCGAGGAACGUGAUUGAGUUUGCUGGAGUGGCGGAUCAUGUCGACAUUUGCAUCGGGUAUAGCGAGGAUGUGAUACCUCAUUUGAAAAACAUGUGUGCAGCUCAAGCAGACGCCAUUUUCUUCGACCAGCGCGGGACCCGAUUUCAUACUGAUCUUUGGAUGCUGGAAGCUGAGAGCUUGUUGAAGCCCGGCUGUGCCGUGCUGGCCGACAACGUGCUGAAGCCGGGUGCUCCGCACUUUCUGUGGUAUUUGCAGCACAGCCCUAAGUAUGAUUUUCGAGUGGUUUCUUUGAGGGAGUUUGCUGCCGACAGAAUCGAGGACUGGAUGGCGGUGGCACUCUUCAAGGGGAGAGAGGAAUCAGAGCCCAAGGUGCUUCCGAAGGCCUUGGACAAAGUUGCCUUUUUGACGGACAAAGCUCGGGCACGCAGCUGCAAUGCAGACGGGCCCUGUGAAGUUGACGAAGAUGCCUGGGCUCGUCAUUCCCAAGAGAUCCGCCGCGCGUAUCAGGACGUGCAUAUUACGCCUCGCAUUCUUCAUGUCAAGUGCCUUGAUGGUCGACCAUUUGUGGAUUGGAGCGCAUCUUGA